AUUUGACAGAGAGAGACACAGCGAGAGAGGAAACACAAGCAGGGGGGAGUGAGAGAGGGAGAAGCAGGCUUCCUGCUGAGCAGGGAGCCUGGUGUGGGGCUUGAUGUGGGGCUCAAUCCCAGGACCCCGGCAUCAUGACCUGAGCGGAAGGCAGACGCUUAACGACUGAGCCACUCAGGCGCCCCGGGCCUAAAGAUUUAAUAGGAGUUACAAGAGAAGCUAUUCCAUUUAAAAUGAAGGCAGAGGUGUAGCAGACACUAGAAUAAAACGUGUGGUUAAAUAAUUAUAGAGAAGACUUAUUUGUAUAAGUGACAUAGGGAAGUAUCCUUGAUUGAAGCAAAAAUAACAUGACAAGUACUAGGUGGAGAUAAUGAAUAUGCUAUUGUUGAAAAUGAGCUGGCUCUUCAAGGAAGAUGUAAUAAUCUAUGUUGUGUCAUGGGAUGGGAUAGUGGAAGAAUCUCAGAAAUCACACACCUAUCUCACCGCAUGUUGGAGCAAAUAUUUAGAUUCUAAGACCUUUGUGAUAUUGGAGACCAUGUCUUUGAAGAGUUGAUGGGAAACAGAGAAAGAUUUGAAAAAAAAGCAGCAGUAUUUAAGAGGCUAGAGAGAAACUGUGUGCAGAACUUUGGGGACAGUAUCAGAUAAGACUGAAAGCCAACAGGAAAUCUCCAAAUAAAUCAUUUCAAUAUGUAAUUUUCACAACAUAGAUUUCUUACCAUUUUGCUGCAAAUACUUUUUAAAAUUUAUAUAGAAUGGCAAUACAGUAUUUUAAAAACUAGCCUUUAUGAAAUUCAUUGACACCACAUUUCAUUUGUCUCUAUUAAUUUAAUAAUGUAUGGUUUGAAAUCUAGAAAAAGGAGUCUCAAGUCUCCCUUUGAACAAUUUGCUUUGGUUUCACUGUUUUUCUAGUAAUCUACCACUGCAGUGAAACUCUUUUAAACUAAAUACUUAGUUGGAAAUGCUAUAAAUACUUUAGCUCUUUCCAAGAAGUGGGUAUGCAAAUCCCAACUAUGUCCCCAACUUUUUUCAUAAUUAGACUGAUUAAACUGUUUUGGCUUCAAAGUCCUAUUAUUCUUUUAAAUCCAUCUUUCUGUUUAUUUCUUCCCACUUAACUUUUCCUGCAAAUGUUGGCUAGUAUUCCACUGGUUUCGAAUGUAUUAAUCUCCCAGUCAGGUACUGUGAAUUCAAUCCUAUCUUUACACCUAGUCAAUUAAUUGCAUCAGAUGGAAAGCAAAAUUUCCAAACCAGCGCUUCUAAGCAGUUUCCCCUUAGGGAGGAGAUGGGAGAAUUGUUUUCCCGAGUAGGCGGAGCAGGAGCUCAGACGCAGACCUCUGACAGCCUCUCGAAGCCCCGCCCCUCACGCACUCCACGCCCCUCUGUCGUACACGCCGUCUCCGGAGCGGGCGUCUGACGUCGAGCGGAAGUGGUGUAAGGCGGCCGCCGGAGGUGUAUUUGGUGUGUUGCGCGACGGGGCCUAAGAGCGGACUGGUUUGUUCCCUCGUGAAGAUAUCACUAUGUCGAUCGAAAUCGAGUCCUCGGAUGUGAUCCGUCUUAUCAUGCAGUACCUAAAGGAGAACAGUUUACAUCGGGCGCUAGCAACUUUACAGGAAGAGACUACUGUGUCUCUGAAUACGGUGGACAGCAUUGAGAGUUUUGUAGCUGACAUUAAUAGUGGCCAUUGGGAUACUGUUUUACAGGCUAUACAGUCUUUGAAAUUGCCAGACAAAACCCUCAUUGACCUCUAUGAACAGGUGGUUCUGGAAUUGAUAGAGCUGCGUGAAUUGGGAGCUGCCAGGUCACUCCUGAGACAGACUGACCCCAUGAUCAUGUUAAAACAAACACAGCCAGAGCGGUAUAUUCAUUUGGAGAACCUCUUGGCCAGGUCUUAUUUUGAUCCUCGUGAGGCAUACCCAGAUGGAAGUAGCAAAGAGAAGAGAAGAGCAGCAAUUGCCCAGGCCUUAGCUGGGGAAGUCAGUGUGGUGCCUCCAUCUCGUCUCAUGGCAUUGCUGGGGCAGGCACUGAAGUGGCAGCAGCACCAGGGGUUGCUUCCUCCCGGCAUGACCAUAGAUUUGUUCCGAGGCAAAGCGGCCGUCAAAGAUGUGGAAGAAGAAAAGUUUCCUACACAGCUGAGCAGGCAUAUUAAGUUUGGUCAGAAAUCACAUGUGGAGUGUGCUCGAUUUUCUCCAGAUGGUCAGUAUUUGGUCACUGGGUCUGUUGAUGGAUUCAUUGAAGUCUGGAACUUUACGACUGGAAAAAUCAGGAAGGAUCUUAAAUACCAGGCCCAGGAUAACUUUAUGAUGAUGGACGAUGCUGUCCUCUGCAUGUGUUUCAGCAGAGAUACAGAAAUGUUAGCAACUGGGGCCCAAGAUGGAAAAAUCAAGGUAUGGAAGAUUCAGAGUGGACAGUGUUUAAGGAGAUUUGAAAGGGCACACAGUAAAGGUGUCACCUGUCUAAGCUUUUCUAAGGAUAGCAGUCAGAUCCUUAGUGCCUCUUUUGACCAGACAAUUCGAAUUCAUGGUUUAAAAUCUGGGAAAACAUUGAAGGAAUUUCGUGGCCAUUCCUCCUUUGUUAAUGAAGCAACUUUUACACAAGAUGGACAUUAUAUUAUUAGUGCAUCCUCUGAUGGCACUGUAAAGAUCUGGAAUAUGAAGACCACAGAAUGUUCAAAUACCUUUAAAUCCCUGGGCAGCACUGCGGGGACAGAUAUCACUGUCAACAGUGUGAUCCUGCUUCCUAAAAAUCCAGAGCACUUUGUGGUGUGUAACAGAUCAAAUACAGUGGUCAUCAUGAACAUGCAGGGGCAGAUUGUCAGGAGCUUCAGCUCUGGUAAGAGGGAAGGUGGUGAUUUUGUUUGCUGCGCCCUGUCUCCCCGCGGUGAGUGGAUCUACUGUGUUGGGGAGGACUUCGUGCUCUACUGUUUUAGCACAGUCACUGGCAAACUGGAGAGAACUUUGACAGUUCACGAGAAGGAUGUGAUUGGUAUCGCACAUCACCCUCAUCAGAACCUGAUUGCUACCUACAGUGAGGAUGGACUCCUAAAGCUCUGGAAACCCUAAUUUCCACUUUUCUUUUAAAACUUGCUUGAGAGCAUGUACUUAAGUAAAGACAUAUUCAUGUAUUGCUUUUUUUUUUUUUUUUUUUUUAAGGCUACCUUUUCUAAGCAAUUGUCUGAAUUAGGAACAAGAAUAAUUUUGUGAAAAUUCAAUUCAUGUUUAAGUAGCAGUUACCCUUUUAUAUGUAUUUUUAAGGUAUUCAUUUAUCUGUUUCUAAUUGGGGCAGUCACUUAAUGUUUUCAAUAAUCUACCUGAAGAGUGAAAUACUGCUGUUUCUAGAAGAAAACUGUACUCCUUUGAUUUGAAAUAGUGAUUAAAAUGUACCUCCUGCAGUAAAACUUGUGAAUAAGUAACUAUCCCAUAUUCAGUAGCUCUUUGCUGGUCCGUUUUUUUAAGGUGUUAAUAAACUUUACCCUUUUCGGAG